AUUAGGUAUUAGACUGUUUUAUACAUGUCUUUUUGUCAUAUCAAUCACGUCAGUCAUCCCUAGCAAUAGUACAUUGUUUACCGAGCGAGAAGACGGUCGACGGUCGCUUCUGCGUUAUUUCUAAGGUGAACAUAAUAUUUCCUACAAGACCGGAGGGCAAUCAAAUGUUCCAUCCGCAAAGGAGGAGGACAAUGGACUGAUUUCCAUCCUCGUUCGCGGAUAGAAACUCCCUGGUUUCCCUCCGCUGUUGCAGAAAAGAUAAGUAUCACGUAUUGAGGAAUGACUUCGAACUAAAGUCUGUGAGGAACAUCACAAGUGUCGUGGUAUCUAGGCCGUAUUCCGAUAAUAGCUGAAAGCGCCGAAAAUCUAGAGAAAAGGCCAGAGGUUGCAGAAAGUCCAAUAGUAUAAUCCUCGUGAUAUGAUAGAGACAGUGAGACAUACUGACUAAAGACAUAACAUUACUGACAGCGCUUUUAGUGAAUGUGGAAUGAGGAUCCCUAAAAUGAUUUAAAGGAUCCCUAAUAUCGGAACGUAGCUCCACUCUCGACAGUGUCGCUGUAGUACAUCGUCGAUGACAAUUCAUAAAAGUUCGAAACAACACUCAUCCGCGAUACGAUCAAGAUUAUAACAAAGUUAAAGUCCAAGCCAGUUAAGUGUCUCUUAUUGUUGAUUGGUUUGAAUUGAAUGUCCGAUAGAGGAUUUCAGUAGUCAAAAUGCAAUUAACAAGACUCAUAAAUAUUCUUAAUGGGACCUAUAGAGUUCGGCGAAAUGUGCGAACUAUUGCUUCAAUCUCAUCAUUAUCUGAAACCCAUCAGAUGCUUCAUAAAACAUGCAGGGACUUUGCUGAAGCUGAGCUCAAACCAAUAGCUGCUAAGGUUGACAGAGAGCACCUCUACCCUGCAGAACAAAUCAAAAAAAUGGGUGCACUAGGGCUCAUGGCAGUAUCAGUCCCAGAGAAUAUUGGUGGAACAGGCUUGGAUUAUUUAGCUUAUGCUAUUGCUACAGAAGAGAUAUCGAGGGGUUGUGCUUCUGCUGGAGUUAUCAUGAGUGUUAAUAAUUCUUUGUAUUUGGGGCCGUUAGAAAAAUUUGGCAAUCAACGACAAAAGGAGGAGUUUAUUACCAGAUUCACUGAUGGCACGAGAGUUGGUUGCUUUGCUCUUAGUGAGCCAGGGAAUGGAUCCGAUGCUGGAGCUGCUUCAACAACUGCCAAUUUAGAAGGAAAUAAAUAUCGUAUCAAUGGUACCAAGUGUUGGAUCACAAAUGGGUACGAAGCUGAAGCAACGGUUGUAUUUGCUACUACAGACAAGUCUAAAAAACAUAAAGGUAUCAGUGCACUUAUUAUACCCAAACCGAUCGAUGGACUCAACUUGGGUAAAAAGGAAGACAAACUGGGAAUUCGGGGAAGUAGUACUUGUUCACUAAUAUUCGAAGACUGCCUCAUACCUAAAGAAAAUCUAUUGGGUGAACCUGGAAUGGGAUUCAAGAUCGCCAUGAUAACAUUGGAUUCUGGUCGAAUAGGUAUAGCCAGUCAGGCGUUAGGAAUUGCGCAGGCAUCUCUUGAUUGUGCAAUAGAAUAUGCAUCGAAACGAAUUGCAUUUGGUAGUUCUAUACUGAAGUUACAAGCAAUCCAACAGAAAAUAGCAGAUAUGGCACUGCAGUUAGAGAGUGCAAGACUUCUCACCUGGAGAGCUGCCGUUCUCAAGGAUGAAGGAAAGCCGUUUACAAAGGAAGCUGCAAUGGCAAAACUGGCUGCUUCGGAAACUGCAACAUUUUGUGCACAUCAGUGUAUUCAAGUUCUAGGAGGAAUGGGAUACGUUGCAGAUAUGCCCGCCGAACGAUAUUAUAGAGAUGCGCGUAUUACGGAGAUCUAUGAAGGGACGUCUGAAAUACAGCGCCUUGUUAUAGCCGGGAAUCUUGUCAAAGAAUAUGGUUUGAAUUAGCAUUAAAAAUUAAAUCGAAGUAUUUGGGAAAUGCUUCACUUUACGAGAUGCUAAUCAAUAGUUUUAGUACUCAUUAGUUGAUCAUUGUCCCGACCAACAUUCAUUCAUUUGGAUGUAUUAUUUCCAAAGCACUAUCAGUUCUUCCUACUCAGGAGCCUUUUUACAAAAUCUUAUCAAAUAUGCAAAAUGUUCCUAUUUCAGAAGACUGCAAAAUACCAUAGAUUGCACAAGUUUGAGAAAGUUCAGAGUAACGAUAGUACAUAUUUUGAUCAAACUCAUAUUUAAUUCACAUAGCUAACUCUUACGGAAAACAUUACAGAUCACUUCCAUUUUAACAUGUUGAAUAUAGAGACGUUUUUAUUAAUAAAUCGGUAACAACACGAUAUUUAGUCACCGAUUUAUAAUCCAUGCUAAGCAAAGAGCAUCUGACACAUAUUUUAAUCACCGUGAUAAUAGUCCCCUGUGUUCCUAUAAUCAAAGCUGAUAAAUGGCUUGAAAAUCGCUCAAUAUUUUUAGAUGCAAUCAUGAAAGCGUUACACAUGUGUUGUGUGUAAAUGCAACUUUUGAUAUGGUAGAGGUACCAAUUUUAUAACUGAAUCAAAAUAACAAUCAACUUUCUCAUGGUGCUUAAAAAUUAGAACCCAGCAAUAUCUUGAAGUUUUAAUAAAGACGUCAGUAAACCAGCUGUCCUGUGAAUGAUCAAAUUAGUUUUAAUCAGUAUUUUUCGAAACUAUGGUUAUAGUGAGAUUGGUGCAAGAAUGCAAAUGCGUUUUUAUAUGCAUGUCAUACCUCUGUAUAUUUAAAGGAUUAAUAAAAUUCAUUACAUUGUAA